UUUUCUUUUUGCAAUUGAUUUCUAGUUUCAUACCAUUGUGGGUGGAAAAGAUGUUUGAUAUGACUUGAAUCUUAAAUUUAUUAAGACUUGUUUUGUGGCCUAACACGUGAUCUAUCCUGGAGAAUGUUUCAUGUGCACUUGAGAAGAAUGUGUAUUCUGUUGCCUUUGGAUGCAAUGUCUGGUCUCCGUGACCUUUGAGGAUGUGGCUGUGAACUUCACCCUGGAGGAGUGGGCUUUACUGGAUCCUUCACAGAAGAAACUCUACAGAGAUGUGAUGCGGGAAACUUUCAGGAACCUCGCCUCAAUAGGGAAAAAAUGGGAAGGUCAUAACAUUGAAGAUGGCUUGAAAACCCAGGGGAGAAAUCUAAGAAGUCAAAUGGUAGAGAGACUCUGUGAAAGCAAACGAGGUCGACAAUGUGGAGACACUGUCAGCCAGAUUCCACAUCUUAAUCUGAACAAGAAAAUUCCCUCUGGAGUAAAGCCAUGUAAAUGUAGUGUGUGUGGAAAAGUCUUUGUGUGUCAUUCAUCCCUUAACAGGCAUGUCACAUCUCACACUGGACACAAACCAUAUGAGUAUCAUGAAUAUGAAGAGAAGCCAUAUAAAUGUAAGGAAUGUGGGAAAGCCUUCAGUUACCGCAAAUCUGUUCACAGGCACGAAAGGACUCACACUGGAGAAAAACCCUAUGAAUGUAAGGAAUGUGGGAAAGCCUUCACCUGGCUGACAACCUAUCGAAGACACAUGAUAACACACACUGGAGAUGGACCUUAUAAAUGUAAAGAAUGUGGGAAAGCCUUUAGUUGUUCCACUUCAUUUCGAACACAUGAAAGAACUCACAGUGGAGAGAAACCCUAUGAAUGUAAACAGUGUGGUAAAUCCCUCAGGUCUCCUCUAGGUUUACAGAUACAUGAAAGAAAUCACACUGGAGAGAAACCCUAUGAAUGUAAACAGUGUGGUAAAGCCCUCAGUUGUCCCAGUUCCUUUCGAAGACAUGAAAGGACUCACACUGCAGAGAAACAAUAUGAGUGUAAACAAUGUGAGAAAACCUUCAGUUCUCCUCUUGGUUUGCGAAUACAUGAAAGAAUUCACACUGGAGAGAAACCCUAUGAAUGUAAGGAAUGUGGGAAAGCCUUCAUUUCUCUCUCGAGCAUUCGAACACACAUGAUAACGCACACUGGAGAUGGACCUUAUAAGUGUAAGGAAUGUGGUAAAGCAUUCAUCUGUCCCAGUUCAUUUCGCUCACAUGAAAGGACUCACACUGGAGAAAAGCCAUAUGAAUGUAAACAGUGUGGUAAAACCUUCAGUUGGCCCAGUUCCUUUCGAAUACAUGAAAGAACUCAUACUGGAGAGAAACCCUAUGAAUGUACAGAGUGUGGGAAAACCUUCAUUUAUCGCACAACCUUUCAAGGACACAUGAGAAAGCACACUGGAGAGAAACCCUAUAAAUGUAAAGAAUGUGGGAAAGCCUUCAUUUCUCCCUCAAGUGUUCGAACACACAUGAUAAUGCAUACUGGAGAUGGACCUUAUAAAUGUAAGGCAUGUGGGAAAGCCUUCAAUUUUCCCAGUUCAUUUCGAAUACAUGAAAGAACUCACACUGGAGAGAAGCCCUAUGAAUGUAAACAGUGUGGUAGAGCCUUCAGUUGUUACACAUCUUUUCGAACCCAUGAAAAAACUCAUACUGGAGAGAAACCCUAUGAAUGUAAGGAAUGUGGAAAAGCCUUCGUUUAUCGCACUACUUUCCGAGGACACAUGAGAAUGCACACUGGUGAGAAACCAUACAAAUGUAAAGAAUGUGGCAAAGCCUUCAGUCGCCCCAAUUCCUUUCGAAGGCAUGAAAGAUCUCAUACUGAAUAGAAACCUCUUGAAUGUAAGCAGUGUGGGAAAGACGUCAGUUGGCCUUCAUCCUUACAUGUGAAAACUCCCAUUGGAAAGAAAUUCUAUAAAUUUAAGUAUGAGAAAGCCUGAUACGAAUUAAUUCAUGUAUAAAAGAAUCAUUAUAAUAGUUAAAAAUAUAUUGUCUUUAUCAGUGCCUCAUUCUUAAAGUGGAUUUCUGUACUGUGGAUAUUUACUUCUUACUUUCAAAAGUGAACAUUGAGGUGAGAUAAUUCUGUAAGUUGUGUUUAAGCAAUAUUAUGUAAGAUUUAGAGGUAUUGUUUUCUCAUUGAAUCAGUUAAUAACAUUUUUUUCUUUGCAUUUGGAACCUGUUUGAUCCAUGGGAGAGUUGAGGUGUAAUAUGCAAGUAUGUGUAAUUUUUAUAUAAUGCUUCACUUGUUUUGUAAGGAAGGAGCUAUUGAUAAAUGGCAUUUUGGUAUUUGUUGGGAUUUUCCUACUGGCCUCCUGUGCCAGGUACCAGAUGUCCUUUACCCAUUAUAUAUUCAUUCUUUCAUUCUUAUGAGAAGAUUAACUCUUUUGUUAUGGCCAGAAGAGCCUUAUUCCAUUUUCCUUGCUAAUAAAAGAUGGCAAAAAUUUGUAAAUACGUAAAUAUGGAGAGUUUAUCAUAUAGUCUCAUGUCAGUUAUUUCCAUGUGUUCCCUUUGAUCUUUGUUAUUCCUACUGGCUGGGAUUUGAAUAAUAGAUUUUGCCUUAAGACAGACCUGUUGGACAAUAAAAUGUAGAAUUGGAGAUGGCUCUCCUAAAUUGUUUUGUUACCUGGGUAAUGUGACAUUUUCUAGAAUCUGUGUCCUUUAUGGUUCCAUGUUAGAAUUCACCUAUAGCCUCACUUGCAUGAGAUUUGGAAGGCAGAAGCAAACAAAGCAUUAGUCAAGUUUGGAGCCACCAUACAGAGAGAGAGACGAGAUGCAUAGGAGCUUUGAGAACACCUGCUUCCAGCCUGUUUUCCUGAUUCCUUGCCCUGCCAAUCAAGCAUAUUCUCAAAACCACAAUCAACUGCUUGACUUCCACUUGUUUAGAGGUGUAGGUUUCCGCACAUAUCCUCACAAGUUCCACGUCAAAGAUCCAUCGUAGUUUGGGUUUUCCUACAAGCUGCCACAUGUCCACCAGGCAACUAAUUCGAACUUUCUCUGAUGCUUGGACUUCCAUCUUCUUUAGAUUGUAUUCGUUUAAGGUCUAAUUUAUGUAGUAAUCACCUUGUUCUGGUAAUGGUGCUAGUGACCAUGUGUUCAUGAUUUCGCUGUGACAGCUACAAUGGUGUGGUCCAAAAGAACCUCCACUGCACUGCAUGGCAACCGCUCUGACCCAGUCCUUCCACGUGAGAAUAAGCACCUUCCUCAUAUCAGGCAGAUUAUGGAUGUUCUCCAUUGCUCACAGCUGUAUAAAACUCCACAGUACAUUUUCAGUCAUGUUUGAUUGAUUGUGACGAAAAACAGUAGCUUUUUGUCAAAAUCUUCUGUAGUUGUUUCUUAAAACUACUGUUUUUUGUUUCUUAAGCACAUAAUAAAAUAUUCUAUUGUAAUAAUGGAUUUUCAGAUCAACUUAAUAAU